AUGACCAGAGGCGCUCUUAGAAUGCACCCGACUUUUAGAAACCCUGUUAUUACAAACACAUUAGAUAGCAAUAAUUUAGAAGAUAUGGAAGAAAUGUUAGCCGCAGCAGAGAUAUUGAUUUCCAAAUGGGACACAAAUAAAAGCAGCAAAAUGCUCUUUCAGAGCAACGCAGAAGAAGUCCGUAUGUACAUGGACUCUGUCCAAAAUCUUCAACGGCUCAUGGAACAUUUGUCCGCCGGCGGAACCAACGCUGCCCAACUCGUCCGUGCGCAGCGGCUGAUGAAAAUGUCGAUGGCCCGUCUGCAGAACGAGUUUCACAAAAUUCUGUUAUCUAACGGCGAACCCAUCGAUCCAGAUCGGGAGUCAUCGGCCCGACCGUCCUCCAGUUCGAGCACAGAGGACAGCAUAACAUGCUCUGACGGUGACGACGACGGCAGCAGCCAAUUCAGCUCCAUCUGUUCGUCAUCAGACAGAACAUACGAAUUCGACACGGUUCCGUUGGACGCCAUGGCGGAUCUACGGAAUAUAGCGCAGCGCAUGGCGAAGAGUGGAUACACGAGGGAAUGCGUUCGAGUCUUCACUCUCACGAGAAAGUCCGUGGUGGAAGAGAGUUUAUACAAUCUGGGCGUGGAGAAGGUGAGGUUGAACGAUGUUCGAAAAAUGGAGUGGACAGUCCUGGAUGACAAGAUCAAGAAAUGGAUAUACGCUGCAAAAAUCAGUAUCCGAAUUCUGUUUGCCCGAGAGAAACGGCUGUGCGUCGAUGUGUUUGGGGGAAUUGACAAGAUGAGAGAUUCUUGUUUUGCUGAAAUCAGCAAGGAGCCCGCAGAAAGGCUUCUUGCCUUUGCAGAGGCCGUGGCCGCUGAAAGGAACUUGGUGCAACUCGGCGAGGCGGCCCGGGGAAUUUUGAUGGAAUUUGAGAAGGCAGUUGAGAAGGAGAAAUCUAAGGUUCCCAUUGCGGGCGGCAGUAUUCAUCCUCUCACCAGAUACGUUAUGAAUUAUCUCACUUUUCUCUCCGAUUACAAGGAAUCUUUGGUAAACAUAAUCACAGAUGCGCCACGGGAGCUACCGAAAGUCCUCCCCGACAAUGAGCUCACUGAUUCCUCUGCCCCGCUGUCUGUCCACCUCGGAUGGACCGUCUUCACCCUGCUGUGCAAGAUCAACAAAAAAUCUGAUCUGUACAAAGACGUGGCCCUGUCGUAUCUCUUUCUCAUGAACAACCUUCACUACAUAGUACAAAAAGUGAAUGGAUCUGAGAUUAAAUACAUUCUGGGGGAUGGAUGGGUGAGAAAACAGUGGAAUAAAGUGAGACAGUACGCGGUGAAAUAUGAGAGAGCUGCGUGGAUGAAAGUGUUGUCUUGUGUAACAGACGAAGAAGUUCCUUCGAAUGGCGGAGUUUUGAAAGAGAGAUUAAAGGAGUUCAAUUCAGCAAUGGAAGAGGUGAAGAGAAGGCAUGGUGAAUGGGUGGUUCCUGACGUCAACCUGCGAGAGAAAUUAAGAGUUUCAAUUACUGAGAAAUUGAUUCCGUCAUACGAUUCCUUUCUUAGCAGAAUCAGAAGCCGGUUUGAAAGUGAUAUGUGCAAGAUUUUGUGUUGGACGUGUUUAAGGGCAGGCCCUUAUCAGUUGACUGAUUUAUUUAUUCACAUUCGCUUCCGUUUUUUGUAA